UUUUUUUCCUUUUCAAUUAAAUUUUGCAUUAUAUAUAUAUAGACGAGAGAUUUACAAAAGCCAAUAUUCGUAUCUUUUUCUAUGUGGGUUUUACGGUGCUUUGAGAGAGAGAAUUGAAUAUGAGCCCAUGAAAAAUGGGCAGCCAUUGGUUUUUUCUCUGUUUUGCAAAGCCACAGGCUUUUUUGAGGGUAUCUCGGGACUAAAAGACACUCUCAACCUCAUAUUUUUCUCUUGAUUUGCCAAUGUGUCUGUUUCUAUAUCCUACUUUCUCUCUCCUUCUUCCCUGCCAAGAAUUUAACAAAGCUCCAGCUUUUAUAAUUAGGCAGUUGAGAUUGUAAAGUUCGACUUUCGAUCAAAGAACUUGCUAACACGAUCAUGUCGGGACCUCUAGAACACGCAUCCACGCCAAAUCUCGAGAAGACUGAUGUGGAAUGUCUAGAUGAUGAGAGGAAGACUCGGUUGGGUUCGCUCAAGAAAGCGGCCUUAAAUGCCUCAAACAAGUUUCGGAACUCAUUGAACAAACGGGGAAGAAGGAAUAGCCGAGUAAUGUCGGUUGUGCUUGAAGACGAACACGAUGCCGAGGAGCUUCAGGCGGUCGAUGCCUUCCGCCAGGUCCUCAUUCUCGAGGAGCUCCUUCCAGCCAAGCACGACGACUAUCAUAUGCUCCUCAGGUUCCUCAAGGCAAGGAAAUUUGAUAUCGAGAAAACAAAGCAAAUGUGGGCCGAUAUGCUUCAAUGGAGGAAGGAUUUCGGCGCCGACUCCAUUAUGGAGGACUUCGAUUUCAAGGAGAAAGACGAGGUUGUUAAAUACUACCCACACGGGCAUCAUGGGGUGGACAAGAUUGGUAGGCCCGUUUACAUCGAGAAGCUCGGUCAAGUGGACCCCACAAAGCUCAUGCAAGUCACAACAUUGGAUAGGUAUCUUAAGUACCACGUGCAGGAGUUUGAGAGGACCUUCAUCGACAAAUUCCCGGCUUGCUCGAUUGCGGCUAAAAAGUAUGUCGACCAAAGCACGACCAUUUUGGAUGUCCAAGGAGUGGGACUGAAAAAUUUCAAUAAAGCCGCUAGGGAACUCAUUCAGCGCCUUCAGAGGAUCGAUGGUGAUAACUAUCCUGAGACCCUGUCCCAAAUGUAUAUCAUCAAUGCUGGAUCAGGGUUUAGGCUCUUAUGGAACACUGUCAAAUCAUUCCUUGAUCCAAAGACCACUGCCAAAAUCCAUGUUUUGGGCAACAAAUAUCACAGCAAGCUGCUUGAGGUCAUUGAUGCAAGUGAGCUACCCGAGUUUUUGGGAGGGAAAUGCACCUGUGAAGAUAAGGGUGGUUGUAUGGUCUCGGACAAGGGCCCGUGGAAUGACAUUGAUAUUAUGAAGAUGGUCCGUAAUGGCGAACACAAAUGCUCGAACAAAAUGGUCAUUUUGUGUGUGGAUGAGAACGCGAUUUCGGAGGAUGAGAGCUUUGUUUCGAAGAGAAAGAACUCUUUCGACUUGAAAGGCGACUCUAAGAGAGGCCUUACGGCGCAUACACAUCUCUCUCCAGUUCGUGAAGAAGUGACCAAGAGCUCUCCCAAGACACUUGAAUCGGACGAACAUGUCCAAAUGGUCGAAAAGGCUGUCGCCGCAAAUUGGCAAAAGGCGGCACAAAACAACAAUUUAGCUCUCACUAAAGCUUCGGAUAUCUACACCGCGUACAAAGCCUCGGAGAAAAACAACAACCACCUUUUCACGGGCGUGUUGACGUUUGUGAUGGGUGUAAUGACGAUGGUGAAAAUGACGCGUAGCAUGCCCAAGAAGUUGACCAACGCCACACUUUACUCGAGCUCCAUAAACGAGGUCGUCAAAAGCCGGGCCCACGGGCUCGACCCGCCUGACGCCCCAAUCUCGAGGGCCGAUUACUUGAUCAUGAUGAAACGCAUGAACGAGCUUGAGGAAAAAGUGGGCCAACUACAAACCAAGCCCUCGACUAUACCGCCCGAAAAAGACGAACUCCUUACUAAUGCAUUGAACAGAGUCGAGGCCCUCGAGCAAGACCUCUCGGAUGCAAGAAAGGUUCUUGAACAAGCGUUGUCUCAACAAGAAGAGUUGCUUGCCUACAUUGAGAAAAAGAAGAAGAAAAAGAAGUUCUUUGCUUUCUGAGGUUGAGAAAAGAAAAAAAACGUGUUUGCGCGGUAUAAGAUGUUUGCUCUGUGUUCCUCUAUAGCGGUUAUUAUUUGCCUUAGUGCGCGCGUUUUCAAAACUGUCUCUGUAAAUUACUAAAUUAUGAGGUUUGUUGCUCGUAUUUAGAGUGUGAAGUGAAUGUUUUUGUGUUGUAUGUACUAUUGAGCAACCAUUGGCAAGCCGAAACCAUUCUUCGGCUUAUGCUUUUAAGACUAUAAUAUAUAUUUUUUUUUUAAAAAAAA